AUGGCCAAGUUAGAGCCAUUGAAGAGUGGCUAUUACGUUUGGCACUAUGUCCCCUCUAUAGCCGCAGCCAUCAUCUUCGCAAUCAUUUUCGCUGCUGUCACCACAUAUCAUUUCUGGAAGCUCUUCAGGACAAAAGUUCGCUUCACCAUUCCUUUUGCAAUUGGUGGAUUAUUUGAAACCAUUGGAUACGCCGCUCGGGCAGGCGCCAGCAACAACACUGGCAAACUUAUGCCAUAUAUUAUCCAAAGUAUUUUUGUGCUUCUUGCACCCACGCUCUUCGCAGCCGCCGUCUACAUGGUCCUCGCUCGCAUCAUCCGCGCCGUCAAUGGAGAGGAAUAUUCUCCCAUCCGCAUCAAUUUGAUCACCAAGAUCUUCGUUUCCUGCGACAUCGUGACAUUCUUUGUCCAGGGUGGAGGUGCUGGUUUGAUGGCCCAGAGCAGCCUCAACAGCAUUGGACAAUACAUUGUCCUCGCUGGCCUAGUGUUGCAGAUUGUCACAUUUGUCCUCUUCGUCGUCACCGCAGUCACUUUUGACCGACGGAUGGGCAAAACACCCACGCCUGCAGCUAUUCAGGGUGAUGUACCCUGGAAGCAGCAUAUUCGCAGUCUGUACACUGUCAGCGCUAUGGUUCUCAUUCGGUCUAUUUUUCGUGUGAUCGAGUAUGGACUGGGUAAUAAUGGGUAUCUUUUGGGACACGAAUGGCCCACCUAUAUUUUUGAUACCGUCCCCAUGUUCAUCGGCAUGGUUUGCUUUGGUAUCUGGUAUCCAAGUGUCCUGCAGCCGUUUUUGAAGACCCCGAACUCGGCCUGA